AAAAGCUGCACACGGUUUACUCAGGAGUUAACCAGAAGUGAUGCUUUCUAAGUGUACUGCUACAAGGAGGCGGAGUGCGAAGCAUCACUGCUAAGUUUUCUAGUUCUCUUAACUUCUAGCCACCCAAUGUCCGACCAGUGAUUUCUUUAUUUUUCUGCAGAUUUACCUUAUUUGCUACUGUUUUCUGCUCCCCGAUGUCUUCCUCUCUCUACGACUGGUUUUGGAGUGAUAGAUUUUGGCUUCCCGAAAAUGUCUCAUGGGCGGACCUGGAGCAUCCACCACCUGGUGUGGAAUAUCCCCGACUACGGCACAUAUUGUAUGCUUUCCCUCUGGCCGUGGGAGUUUUUCUACUGAGGCAGCUUUUUGAAAGGCUAGUGGCCAAGCCCUGUGCCCACAUACUUCAGAUUCAGGCGGGAGUGCCUCGGCGAGCUCAGUCCAAUGCUGUCCUGGAGAGGCUGUAUCAGUCCAAAGCGUGUCCAGACUCGAGGCAACUGGACGGACUCUCGAAGCAGCUGGACUGGGAUGUGCGGAAAAUACAGAGAUGGUUUCGCGUCCGACGGAACCAAGACAGGCCCAGUACGCAGAAAAAGUUCUGUGAGAGCAUGUGGCGAUUCACAUUUUACCUAGCGAUCUUUAUCUAUGCCAUUCGAUACCUGUGGGUGUCGCCUUGGAUGUGGGAUACCAGGCAGUGUUGGUACAACUACCCCUUUCAGCCUCAGACUCCUGGACAGUACAACCACUAUGUGGCAGAGCUGGCUUUCUAUUGGUCUCUGAUGUUUUCCCAGUUCACUGACAUAAAACGUAAGGAUUUUCUCAUCAUGCUCGUGCACCACCUGGCCACCAUCGUCCUGAUCACCUUCUCCUACGCCAACAACAUGCUCAGGGCCGGCACUAUGGUCAUGUGCUUGCACGAUGCGUCUGACAUCUUCCUUGAGGCAGCCAAGCUGGCCAACUAUGCCAAGUACCAGAGGCUAUGUGACGGCCUGUUUGUGGUGUUCAGCAUAAGCUUUUUCAUCACUCGACUUGUUUUCUUCCCUUUCUGGAUUGUCAGCAGCGUCCUGUUUGAGAGCUGGGAGAUUGUUGGGCCGUAUCAGGCCUGGUGGCUGUUCAAUGGGUUGCUGCUGGUGCUGCAGACGCUCCACAUCAUCUGGUUCUACCUCAUCAGUCGCAUCGCUGUCAAAGCCAUCUUCAAGGGAAAGGUGUCGAAAGACGACCGCAGCGACAUAGAGAGCAGCUCAGACGAGGAGGUUCAUUCCAGUAGCAGUAAAAACCCCGGUCAGAGCCUAAAACCAAAGGACGGCAGUCGCACCGCGAACCUUAACGGAGAUACUCAUGAACACUGAGUGGCGCGGGGGGAGAUUAUUUACCUCCAGCAGCUUUAAUUCUGAACAGACUUUCUUUUUUUUUUCCACCCAAAGAGAGAUUUGCUGAGGUUCAAACGGAGACAUGGCCACGGGAGAACUCCCCGCGAGGCCGUCAGACUUAGCAGUGUCUUACUGAGUUGGAUUUACAAGUGUGAAGUUUACACCUGAUGUUUUCUUACAGGAGCAGACGGAAAAAAAAACGUGUGUGGUCCGUCUGCUCCUCGAUCUGGUUGUGUGUGUGUGUGUGUGAGCGUGUGUGCGUGCGUGUGUGUGUGUGUGUUCUUAAAGUUAGCAGCAAAUGCAUCACUGCCUACACUGCUACUGCAUAUUCUCAAAAAUGGAAUUCCUUAGUAGAAAAAAUAUAAGUAAAAAAAGAAAAAAGAAAAAUGGGUAAUACAUCUUACUACUGUAAAAUAAAUCACUGCAUCUGUCUAACUGAAUACCCUGCUUUCAUUUGCUAUUGUAAGCCUAGAAUUCAGGAUACCAAAUGUGCCUAUUUAAUAUGACAAAGAUUUCUUAAUAAAACACUAUUACUCCUA